CCUGUCUCCCUCCUUUAUGCUUCUUCCCACUUCCUCAUUUCUGCAGGUAUGCAACAUUUUUGUUUGAAACUCAACAAACGAUUCUUCUUCUCUUCAAAAUUUUGUUUUUUUCUUCUUCUUUUGUGUGAAUCAAUUCUGUUAUAGAUUGUUUGUGCCUAUUUCUUUCUCUUAAAUCGGGUGUGAUACGUGUGUCCAAGUAGUGGACUGUGUUACUGCUGCUGUGCCCAAGAACAUAACCGUGCUGACUGAAUAGUGUAUCUGACAUGAGUUCAUGUGUCUGUGUCAGAGACACAUCUGAAGCAGGGAAGUGUAACAUUGUGGCUGUCUUAAUAGAAUGUACCCCUCCAAGGAUGCCUGCCAACUGAUAUGUAUGUCAUUCCAAUCUGUUAAGAAUCAUCUGCCGAUUUUCUUCAAUGACUUCAGUGUACCAGAAGACAUGUUGAUGAAAAUGACAUUUGGAGAAUAAAUUUCUUCUUCUACUAUAUUUUUUCUUCAUCUAGGAAAUCUAUUGUUGAAUCAGUGGAAAUCUGCUGGCCUAUCUGCAGAAGGUAUUUUGAAGGAUAAAGAUAUUGAAACUCCAGUCGUAUGCAAUUUAUUUGAUAUUAAUGGGGAGGUAGCAGCUGGUGUUGCUAGUGUGGAAGCUCUUUUGUUGUAAAAGACUGAAGCAAGGAAAACAUAUAUAAUACAAUCAUCAUGUUGCAGGAAAAAUAUCUGACACCUGACUGGAUCUUGCACUUUAGAAAUGCUUUGCCUUCUGCUCCAGUGUUAAUGGUGGAUGCCAAUCUGAGUCUUCCUGCUCUUGAAGCUGCUUGUAAAAUGGCGGCUGACAUGGAGUGUCCUGUGUGGUUUGAGCCAGUAUCAGUUACUAAAUCCCGAAGAAUCAGUUUUAUUGUUGAGUAUGUGACUUAUGUUUCACCGAAUGAAGAUGAACUUAUUGCGAUGGCAAAUGCUAUAUCUGGUUGUGAUAAGUUUCAACCAUUUAAAGAAAGUCAGAAGAAAAAUAUUUCAGUAAUGUCUUUGUUUCAAUUGCUGAAACCAGCAAUAUGGGUUUUGCUAGAAAAUGGCAUUGAAGUGGUCCUAGUGACCGUUGGCUCUAAUGGAGUGUUUUUAUGCCAUAAAGGAGGGCCUCGCCACUUUAAAAAGCCUACAGAGAAAAUAAAUCGGAGUGGUUUUGGUGGACAAUUAUUCAACGCUUUCAUGCAAAAAUGUCCUCCUAGUGGCUAUUCUGGCUUUUCAGAACUUAAUAAAAGCUCCCAUUUUUUUGCUGUGCAUUUUCCAUCUCUUGCUGCGUCAGUUGUGAGGCUUACUGGUGCUGGUGAUUGCUUAGUGGGUGGAAUACUCACAUCAAUUUGUGCAGGAUUAGAUAUUAUGCAAAGUGUGUCAGUUGGCAUUGCAGUGGCUAAAGCUGCUGUUGAGGCUGAGGCUAAUGUCCCUAAUGCUUUCAAUUUAUCAGCUAUCGCAGAUGACGCUAAAUCUGUAUACUCCGGUGCCAAAGUUCUUUUCCACCAAUCGAUGUUGUAAAUUUUGAAUUAGGAUUAUGGUAGAUAAACAGCUUGAGUUGUGAUAUAGCAACCUCCUUUGCUCCGAAAAAAGUGGUAACACCAUCCAAAGGCUUAUCGCAUUGAAAUAUAAAUUAACAACUAUUUUUUGUAUUUU